CAACAUGUCGGAGUCGAGUGUGUGUGCGCAGACCGUGCCAAGUGUUCCCCAAAUCUUCCAUGGCGGCUCUCCCCUCCGCUCCUUCCCUUCUCCGAAACUUGCGUGUACGUCAAUGAAGUCUGCGCAGAUAUUUCCAUGACCCAGAUAAGCGAAGCUCUCAACUCUUCUGCUAGGCUCGCAAAGGUCCCAAAUUGAGCUCUCCAAGCUCUCGCUCGCUCUCCAGCUUCUUCUUCGUCUUCUCGGCCCCUCCUCGGAGCCGGCCGGAACGAUCGAGUUUCGGGGACCGUUUCGAGCUUCGAUCGGAAUGCGGAGCUCGCGUCGGGUGGUCGCGGCGGCUCGGUCGUUGAACAGGCGAGACGCCCACGCCCAUUGCUGUCGCUGUUUCUGAUCCCCGUCGCUCUGCUUCGCCGUGUUCUGGCUUAAGUUGAUUCGGAGAGUGGGUGGUUUUGCGCGCCUAGGGGUUGUGAACGCUUGGCGGGUCGACCAGCUAAAGCUGGGGAAAGCGGAGGAGUUGUUCCGUCGCGACGCAUCGCUCGGUACUUGGCUGUUUCGGCCGGGAUGUUUAGGAGCAGCAACGUGGCUGCGAGGAUUUUCGAACGGCAGAUUCGCACUCCUGCUCCUGGCACCAGUGUUCACUGUGCUAGACUAUUUUAUGAGAAUUUGGUCCCAAGCCACACUAUAUAUGAUGUUGAAUGUCCAGAUCACUCAUUUCGAAAAUUCACUGAAGAUGGUCAUUAUCUCAUAAGUUUCAGCCGGAAUAAUCAAGAUUUGAUAGUAUAUAGACCAAGAUGGCCGUCAUUCUGUUGCAAAGAAGAUAACUGCAUUCAUGAUCUCCCCCAGAAAGCAAAAAGAUUUGAGAGUUUUUUCACCGAACUGUACACUGUCUCACUUGCUUCUAACAAUGAGCUCAUAUGCAAAGACAUGUUUCUUUACUCGGAGAGCAAUCAGUUCGGGGUCUUCGUUACUUCUACUGCUCCACUUCAUGAUGCACCUUCAUCUGGGGAAGCUGUUCCUGGGAUCCCCUCAAUCGAUAAGAUAACUUUUCACCUCUUAAGACUUCGAGAUGGAGAUACACUGGAUAAGAAGGUUUUUCACAAUGAUUUUAUUAACUUGACCCAUAACAUGGGAGUCUUCUUAUAUGAUGAUCUGCUGGCUAUUGUUUCUCUUCGCUUUCAAACAAUCCACAUACUACAAAUUCGAGACUCUGGGAACCUAGUUGAUGUACGAGCUAUUGGAACAUUCUGUCGUGAAGAUGAUGAACUUUUCCUCAACUCCAAUGCCCAGUAUAUGCCAGUUUCUGACCAAAGUCAACUGAAUCACUCAGAGAAUGACGUGGAGACUCGUGCGCAUCAAAACCCGCUUUAUCAAAAUAAUACUCUUUUAAGUGGCAUCAAGCAACGCUUGCUGUCAUUUGUUUUCCGAGAAAUAUGGAAUGAAGAAUCUGAUGAUGCCCUGAGAAUUCAAUCCCUGAAGAAGAAAUUUUAUUUCCAUUUCCAAGAUUAUGUUGACUUGAUAAUCUGGAAGGUACAAUUUUUGGACAGGCAUCACUUGCUAAUAAAGUUUGGGAGUGUGGAUGGAGGGAUUUUGGUAUCAAGGAACGCUGAUCAGCACCCCGCGUUCUUUGCCGUUUAUAACAUGGAGACAACUGAAAUUGUUGCCUUUUAUCAGAAUUCAGCAGAGGAGCUUUAUCUCUUCUUUGAGAUGUUUUGUGAUCAUUUUCACCCUCAGUCAAGAAGUUCGCUUCACAUGAACUUCAUUUCUUCUCAUUCAAACAACAUCUAUGCUUUUGAGCAAUUAAGGGGCAUCAAAAAGAAAGCAAUCUUUACACAGUUUGUGAAGAAGAUGCUGGGUUCUCUACCCUUCAGCUGUCAGUCACGAAGUCCUUCUCCCUAUUUUGACCAAUCACUCUUCCGGUACGACGAAAAGUUGAUUUCUGCCACUGAUCGGCACAGGCAGUCAACUGACCACCCUAUCAAGUUCAUUACAAGAAGGCAACCAUACACGCUCAAGUUCAAGAUUAAAACAGGUCCGGAGGCUGGGAGCGCGGAUAGUCGGACAAAAAAGAUAUCCUCUUUCCUCUUCCAUCCAUUUUUGCCCCUUGCUCUCUCCAUACAGCAGACGGUGUUCUCACAGCCAUCUAUUAACAUUCACUUCCGUAAAUGAGGUUUCGCUUUAUCGCUUGCGGUAUUUUUUGCUACUAAUAGUCUUGUAAAUGUAUUUCAGAAAUGGUAAAGCUCUAAAUGGGUUAUUGUAGAUUUGAUGCAAUUAGCCCCUGGUAUAAUUGCGAUUACCGUAGACCUUUUGCAGUCGUAUGUCCUCCUAUAAAUUGCGAUUAUAUUUCCAUUGUCUAAUGCUAGGUAUGUUAAGACUUGUCUCAUGUGAAUCCAGAUGAGGUAGAGAUGACGAGAGAUAUUAGUCUACGUGCCUAUUGACUCUUACGUUGGUGUUGAGUUCUUGAUGGCUUCGAGUGACCAGACUGAAAAUAAUCGAAAGGAUCCAAAUGCUUUAA